AUGUCGUCGGCAAAAUCAUCAGAACAUUUAACAACAGUCUUCACAGCAGAUUCAGCAGAACAGAAGCUGCCAAAAACCUUCAAAUGGAUCCCACUAUUGGGAAUUGCCUUCUCAUUGACGAACUCGUGGCUGGGGGUGUCCUCAUCUCUUGUGGUCGGUCUGUCAAGUGGUGGUCCGCUUUUGAUCAUCUACGGGCUCGUAAUCGGAAUGAUUUUCACCUUGAUGUGUGGCUACACUCUGGCUGAAUUUUCGUCAAUGAUUCCUAACAGUAGCGGCGCCUGCUUUUGGGUUCUCAAGAUGCUGGAAUUUCGCAAGGAAGAUGAGCUCACGUUGAAAAAUAUUGAAGUUGCAAAUUCUUCAGAAGAAGAUUCAGAGGAGAAAUCACUGGAGUGGGCAUGUACAACGAAAGGUGUAGUUGUUAAUUCUCCUUUCCAAAGGUCCGCUGCCUUGGCGGUGGGAUUUAUCAAUUAUUUUGGAGCUGUAUUCACAUCCGCUAGUGUAUUUUCGUCACUUGCAUUAAGUAUCCUAGGUGUGCAUUCCUUGCUCCACCCAGAUUAUGAAUUCAAGCACUGGCAUAUCUUUGUGGUUUAUGAGAUUUUGAAUGUGGUGAUUACCUUUGUGAAUUGUUGGUCAGCGAUAUUACCAGCGUUAUCUCAAUUUGGCCUUUAUCUGUCACUUCUUACCUACCUAACGACCUUCAUCAUAUGCAUGGUCUGUCGCAGCAAUAACAACGUUAACGAAUGGCCCAAAUCUUCGAACAUCUUUGGUCACUUCCAGAAUACAACUGGUUGGAGCUCCUCUCCUAUGGCAUUUAUUGUUGGUCUCAUUAAUCCAUUGUGGGCUUUUGCCGGAAUUGAUUCGGCAACACAUAUGGUUGAUGAGGUCGGCUACAUGCAAUCGAAGAGACUGGUACCACGCGCAAUAAUAUGCACAAUUGUUAUUGGAUUUCUAACAAGUUUCACGUAUGCCAUCGGGAUGUUUUAUUGCAUUAUAGAUUCUGAAAAGGUUACAGAGUCGAUUUUACCCAUUCUAGAAAUCUAUUAUCAAGCAACACAAAACAGAAAUCUAAGUGUCUUCAUGCAGUGCUGCUGUAUUUCAACAGGACUGACCUGCGGCGUUGCAAGUGUUACGUGGCAGAGUAGGAUCCUGUGGAGUAUUGGAAGAGAUUUUUCCAAGCUAUCUCCGCACAAACCAGUUUCUCGCAAAACUCUGGGAUUUUUUGGCAAGGUAAAUUCCAGUCUGAAAGCACCUCUCAACGCUCAUCUUUUUUCUCAGGUGGUGGUCGCUAUUAUUGGGUGUAUUUUCAUGGGCUCCACAACCGCCUUUAAUGCAAUCAUUACGGCAUGUAUUACAUUACUUUUACUGAGCUACGCAAUACCAUGCGUUAUUCUUCUCUGGGUUGGCAAGAGAGCGUUCUAUGUGCGCAUCCAAACCGAGUUAUCUGAAAUCGGCGUUUCCAUCAAACGUUUGCCGAAUGUUGGCAUUUCGGGACUGAUACCUAACAUUUUAACCAUCUGCUGGGCACUUUUCUGUCUCGUUUUCCUAUCGUUUCCAUACAGUUUACCGGUGAGUUCUGGCAACAUGAAUUACGUUUCUGUGGUCUAUGGUGUAGUUACGUUAACCAUUGGAAUCAUUGUUUGCGUUUAG